UAUCAACUUCCGGCUUCGUGUUGUGUAGAAAUAUCACGUUGACUAGUCAAUAGAAGAUGGGUAAAGAUUCGAGUGAAGAACGAGAAAAGAACACCCAGGCAUAUGCAGCACUGGGUAUUGGUCUCAUCUGUGUCAUCGUUGGGCUCCCAUUGUGGUGGAAGACUACAGAGGUGUAUCGCGUGCAGCUACCAUAUGGAGAAAUCACAACACUUGCAGCCACAAAGAUUGAGUACCUGGUCAAUGUGGAGAUGAUCAGUUUUGAUGGCAGCAUUGAUUUGUCUCAGUUGAGCAAAGAGGUCCAAUCAAGUCUAUCUUCAGAAAACAAGAAGACACUCAUACCAACCUACAGAAUUUCAGCCAGGGAACCUGUCAAUGAAGAAAUGGUUAUGCUGAAAGUUGCUAGUUCUUUAAAAGAACUGGACAGAAAGCUGACUAGUCAUCUAGGAAAUGAACGCAACAAAUACUUCGUAGUUUUGCUAAAGGACAAAUCGAAAAUGUUCUCCACAAAAACUUUCAUUGGCUGCAAUAGGAUCACAUUCCUGAACCCCGCUGGCCAAGAUGUGACCUCACUGGGGAAGGCGGUGUCUUCUGUGCUGAAGGAAGUGAUUGUCAGAGAAGCAGCAGUGAAGAAGAGUCUGGUUGCUGCCAAAGGAGCAAGGUCUUUGAAGCCAGACAAGGAAAGCAUGAGAUCACUGAGGUCAACACCUGGAUAUGAUAUGACCUUCACCUUGGUAAACCCUCAGCCAGAUAUUGUUGAUGCACAGUGGGACAUCAAGGCUGGGAUUGAGGCUUACCUGAAACCCUUCCUGAGUAAGCUGGAUGCCUUCGCAGACUUCACCCUGACGUCACAGGUACUGUACUUCACUGGUCUGGUGCGUCGCCCCCAGAGGAACUCCGUGACAGGGGACUCCUUCUACACAGAGCAGGACCUGCCUCAUCUCAUCACUCCGCUCGAGUCCAAGCUAGGUUCUCACACGUCCAACAACCCCGCUCUAAACUUCCUGGUGUACAUACCAACACGAGACCAGAGUCCGCUAUAUGUCAAGGAUAAAUCAGAUAAGGCUGUCCCAAGCAAUGCAUUCUUCAGUCCGCGGUGGGGAGGGAUCUGGAUAAGCAAUGUGGAAGUUCCCCCCAACUCCAGUCUACCCCACUCCAUCAAUAUUGAUGUCAGGAAGAUGAUGGAGGUGUUCAUCACUCAGAUGCGGAUGUUGCUCAACCUGCAGGGCCAGGUAUCCAGUGCCGAUCUGUCAUUCGCUGACCUGGAGAACCAGGGCAUCACACCAUGGGAGGUGGAUGCAUGGCUGAGGAGUUUCUGUGUGGAGAACAUCGCCACAUCGGCAGGAACGUUGUCCUCCCUUGCUCAGCUGCUUGGGGAGAUCGGCAACAUCGUCAUCAAGGAUGACAUUGGUACUGAGGUUGAAUCAUCUGUGGCGGCCAUCAGGGAGAGUCUGAGACAACUGGCAGAGGGACAACUAGAGGAAGCAUUUCUUUCCUCCAAGAGAGCUCUCAUAGCUUCAGAAAAGGCUUUCUUUGAUCCUUCCUUGCUGGAACUCUUAUACUUCCCUGAAGAUCAAAAAUUUGCCAUCUACAUCCCCUUGUUCCUGCCCAUCAGCAUCCCCGUGUUCACGUCACUGGUGCAGGCCAUCAAGUGGUUCCGCAGCAGGAGGAAACAGAAGACGGAGUGACCGCACCAUCACUAGUCGAUUCAUUCUAUGCAGUGUCACUGGAACAGGCCUUGGCUCAGACAGCAGUUGUAGCGAUAUGACUAUAAAUUCUCAUAUACUUUUCAGCUUUCAAAAUAAUCAUGGAAAGCAAAGAACCUAGUUUUAGAAAUAACCUUAUAAAUUUUGUCAAUGUUAUCAAAGUAAGAUUAGAGGUGGCGCCUGGACUGAACUUCCAAAUUCUCAUGGAUCCCAGUAAUAUUUGGAACAGUUAGUCUCAGAACUUAUUGCAUUUCAGUUGAAUUUGAUCAAUAGUAUGAACGGGAUGAUAUUUGACUGUGAUGUGACAGCAUUAUAUUAGCUCACCUAACCUCCAGUGAAAUAUGUUUGUUUGGCCUGUUAGUACAUCAUCUGAAAGCUGAAUCUUUUAUGCUUGCUCCACCAAUGAUGACACCCAACAUAUUCAGGUCUGAAUGCAUACAUUGCCACCUUGACAGAAGCUGUAGAAACAGUUUUGCUAAAACAAAAUAAUUUUCAACAUGUCAUAAACACAGAUAAGUUCCUUUACACAAAAUAGUUGAUAUUUUUUGUUACAGGUUAGGAAACAUUAUUUAAAUGUGGUAACAUGAUUCAUAUAUAGAAAAUAGAUAUUUGUAUUUUUGCAGAAUGUAUUUUGAAUAUUAAUGUUGUCAAACACUUUUGUUAAGUACUGCCUUUGUUUACAUAUUCAACUGUUGACUGCUUGUCCAGGUGAGCUACAGGGCUUGGUCUGGCACCAGGUGUACUUGGCUCACAGACCUGUUCUAGUUUGAAGAACAAAGCCUGAUGGAUAAUACCAAGAGCAUUGGUCCAGACAUCCUCGUGUAUCAAGUGUAAUUUAUCUUCAUGCUAUCAGGGGCGAAGACCCAGGUUAAACUUGGCGCUAAACUAAACUCACUAUCUGAUUUUAGCUUGUAUGCAAGUUAAGCUAGAACUUUAAAGGUCUUGAAGCCAAGGAAUUCCAUCCCUGAGGAUAAUACACCCCAAAACAUCUUAUAGAACAGUCCUAUGAUUUACUUUACAUGAGCAACAUGUGAUAUGGGGAGAUGAAAUGGGGUUAGCUGUCAAGAUUUUUGCUCUAAUGUAUAGUGUGUGUAUGUGCGUUUGUGUGAUUUGAUAGUGCUAGCUCAGUCACAUGACACACCUCAGUUUAACAUAUAUACCCCACUAAAACUGUGUAUACACUCUCUGAGCUGGCCAGUCCUUGUUUUAUCCUGUUAAUGCUGAGCACCAGGCAAGGUAACAAUAAGUACCAUAUUCUGACGUCUUUUGGUUUGACACUUUGGGAAUCAAACUAACCUGUGCUCCCCAGCAGAUGCUCUGUCCACUAGACCGCACAGACAAUAAUUUGUUGGUAAGAGAUGUGGAGGGGUCACUCCGAAGUGAAGCUGUUGAGGUAAAUCUGCCGCUUAGUCUUUUGUGGAAAAGUAUUAAAGAUAAACGCUUGAUAAUAAAGGAUGGAAUCUUGGCUGUAUUCUCUGAAAUAAUUGAAAGAAAAUAUGUUUCUGUUAUUAUAUGUGUAUUGGUUGAACAAGAUGGUGUUUGUGUAAGUGUCUGACUUGUUUUGUGUAAAUGUCUGACUUGUUUGUAUAGCUGGAUACAUCUCAGACUGUGAUAUCAGUGUCAUCCAAGUGGAUAUCUUUACAUCAUUGCUGUAUAUUGGGUCUUAGCUGUAGGUGUGUGUGAUUAUUUGAGAGAAAUUAUUCUGGGCUAUGGCUGCUGCUUUGAUGAAAUGAUAUCAUACAUCUCGUGUCACGGUUGCAAUUUUGAUGAAAUGAUAUCAUACAUCUCAUGUGUCAUGGGUGCAAUUUUGAUGAAAUGAUAUCAUACAUCUCAUGUGUCAUGGGUGCAACUUUGAUGAAAUGAUAUGCAUCUCGUGUCACGGUUGCAAUUUUGAUGAAAUGAUAUCAUACAUCUCGUGUCAUGGGUGCCAUUUUGAUGAAAUGAUAACAUACAUCUCAUGUGUCAUGGGUGCCAUUUUGAUGAAAUGAUAUCAUACAUCUCGUGUCACGGUUGCAAUUUUGAUGAAAUGGCGUCAGGUACUUACGUCAAGGUUGCAAGUUUGAUCACAGUAUAUCAUACAUCUCAUGUGUCAUUGGUGCAACUUUGAUGAAAUGAUAUCAUACAUCUCGUGUCACGGUUGCAAUUUUGAUUAAAUGAUAUCAUACAUCUCAUGUCAAGGUUGCAACUUUGAUGAAAUGAUAUCAUACAUCUCAUGUCACGGUUGCAACUUUGAUGAAAUGAUAUACAUCUCGUGUCACGGUUGCAAUUUUGAUGAAAUGGCGUCAGGUACUUACGUCAAGGUUGCAAGUUUGAUCACAGUAUAUCAUACAUCUCAUGUGUCAUGGGUGCAACUUUGAUGAAAUGAUAUCAUACAUCUCAUGUCACGGUUGCAAUUUUGAUGAAAUGAUAUCAUACAUCUCAUGUGUCAUGGCUGCAAUCUUUAUGAAAUGCACAUGACUCACAUGCAUCUUUUUCUAACCAGCAUUUAUGCAGUUGUUUU